CACCCGAAGCAACGUUGCUUUCGCUAUACUUCAAAUGGCCGAGAAGCAAUCCCUCCGAGGCACAGAAGCAGAGAAAACACAGAGAAACAGAGAGGGAGAGAAAGAUAAACAGUUUGACCGCCAUUGAAGCACCUAUCCCUCAUAAUUCUUUCCUAUCCGUACUAGCAACUUUCAACCCCCCUCCUUCCCUCCCCCUCUCUCUUCUCUGUCUAAGCUUUUCACAAUCUCUACAACUGCAUUUCCCUUGAACCGACAGUUAUAUUACCUAGGAGCUUAAUUAGGGUUUCAGAAUUUCAGUAAAAUUUAGCAAUUGAAUUAGUCAAGCGGGUAUUCAUCUUCCUCCAAAACUGACGUGGAUUUGGUCCAAUCAGUGUAACCGAUUUAAUCUAAUUCGAAUCUAUUGGAGCUUUCAAUGGAGCCAAAUCCAGGAACCCUAGCAGGAUCCAUCUCUAUCCGGCCCGACCAAGAGGAAACUGGAUUCGAAUCACUCCAAUUCCGCGAGGAAAUCCAGCGGCUCAUUGCCGUACCGCCGGAAAACGCGAGCUCCUUCACCGCGCUUCUCGAGCUCCCUGCGACCCAGGCCAUGGAGCUCCUCCACUCACCUCCCUCCGAAGACGGAGAUCCGGCGCCGCUCUCCAGCGACUCUCUUCACGGAAUCAGCGACGACCACAAAUCCUACAUCUCCUCGUUCAACGGAAAUCCCACCUUCCCUUCGAACAAAGCCCUAAUAGAACGUGCGGCCAAGUUCUCGGUCUUUGCCUCCGGCGAGAACUCGCCUGAGACAAGCUCGGUCCCGUCAAAUUCGAGCGCGAACUUGGAGAAGGUGAAGAGCGAGCCAGCAGAGACCGAUUCGAAUCCCAACUCAUCCCAGCCGUUAGUUUCCGAUCCGACUGUGGAGAGCAAGACACAGAGGUCGGCGAAGAGGAAGGAGCGCGAGAAGAAGGGCAAAGGGUGUACGAAGAAGAGCAAGAACGAAACCUCUCAAGACGCUCAGAAGCUUCCCUACGUUCACGUGAGAGCUCGUCGCGGUCAAGCUACAGAUAGCCAUAGCUUAGCAGAGCGAGCGAGGAGAGAGAAAAUUAAUGCUCGGAUGAAGCUGCUUCAGGAGCUGGUCCCAGGUUGCAGUAAGAUUUCUGGCACAGCAUUGGUUCUGGAUGAAAUCAUCAACCAUGUACAGUCCCUACAACGUCAAGUUGAGUUCUUAUCAAUGAGACUUGCGGCAGUCAACCCAAGAGUUGAUUACAAUCUUGAAGGUUUAUUUGCUACAGAAAGUGGAUCUUUAGUGGACAGUAACUUCCCCAGCAUGGUUGCUCCCCUAGUGUGUCCAGAAAUCCCAUUCAGUGGAAGCAGACAGCACUAUCAACAGCAGUGGCAUUUUGAUGCACUUCAACAACCACUUUGGGGGAGGGAAGAAGACAGCCAAACUUUCAUUACUCCAGAGAACUCCCUUUUGAGUUAUGACUCAGCAAAUUCAGCGUCUCUGCACUCAAAUCAGUUGAAGAUGGAGCUGUGAAGGCAUAGCAGUGUCCUACUACCUGUAGCUUAAUAGUGUAUAGAUCCAAUAUAGUAUUAGCUGUUAGCAAGAAGAACAGUACAACAUUCACCUUGGGUUUUCCUGUCUUCUAUUUGUCAAAGAGUCAGCUGGAAACCUAGGUUUGAUUUCGCUCUACCAGAGAGGAUUAAAGUUAGGAUGCUAUUCUGAUAUAUGAUUUAUAUCUUACUAUAUAUAUAUAAUAUAAUAUACUAA